UUUCUCCUGGGACAUGAACCACAUCCCCCACAGAUGUCCAACUCCUCCACGACAACGGACUUCCUCCUCAUGGAGAUCUCUGACAUGCGGGAUCUACAGCUUUUCUAUGCCAUGAUCUUCUCUCUGAUUUAUCUGGUGACCGUAAUGGGAAACCUGGUCAUUGCAGCUGUCACCACUCUUGACAAGAGCCUUCACACGCCCAUGUACUUCUUCCUGAGGAACCUGUCCAUCCUGGACUCCUGCUACAUUUCUGUCACCAUCCCUAAAUCCUGCAUGAACUCCCUGCUGGGCACAAGCUUCAUUUCAAGGGCAGGAUGUGCAGCUCAGGUCUUCCUUGUGUUAUUCUUUGCAUUUGUAGAGGUACUGUUCCUCACCAUGAUGGCUCACGACCGCUUUGCAGCCAUCUGCAGGCCCCUCCAUUACCCUGUGAUCAUGAGCCCUCGCCUGUGUGUCCACAGCACACUGGCCGCUCUGCUCAGUGGCCUCCUCUAUGCAGCCCUGCACACCCUCAACACCUUCCGACUGCCCUUCUGCCACUCCCACGCUGUCCAGCAGCUCUUCUGCGACAUUCCCUCUCUGCUGAAGCUGUCUUGCUCUGACACCUUCAGCAACCAGCUCAUGAUUCAAAUCUCUGGUCUAGUGUUUGGUAGUGCCUGUUUCAUUUAUAUCAUCAAGUCUUAUAUUCACAUCUUCUCUACCGUGCUCAGGGUUCCAGUGGGAGCAGACAGGAAGAAGGCCUUUUCCACCUGUGUCCCCCACAUUCUUGUGGUGUCUGUCUUCCUCAGCUCAUCCUUUUAUGUCUACCUGAGACCCACUGAAAUGUCUACUGGGGUCAAGGGGAUGGUGCUCUCUGUGUUCUACUCUGUGAUUCCCCCCUUUUUGAACCCCAUCAUCUACAGUCUCAGAAAUGAACAGAUAAAGUCUCCCAUCAGGAAACUCGUGGCAAGAGUGUUCCACCCAGGUAAUAUAUUGAGAAUGAAGAAGGCUUUUCUAUUCCAGCUUAGUCAUAGUCAUGUGUUUGUGAAUAAGUGA